AUGCCUCACUCGCAGCAUGAUGAAGAUGCCCCCGCCACCACGGGCGGUCUUGAUGCCCCCGUGACGCUUCUCACCGAUUCCCUCGAGAAGCCCUUGCUCGAUGAUCGCGACUAUCGCGUCGUCCGUCUCGACAAUGAGCUCGAGGCUCUUCUGGUCCACGACCCCGAGACCGACAAGGCCAGCGCAGCCCUUGACGUCAAUGUGGGAAACUUCAGUGACGAGUCCGAUAUCCCGGGCAUGGCCCAUGCGGUCGAACAUCUCCUUUUUAUGGGCACCAAGAAAUUCCCAAUUGAGAAUGAAUACGGUCAGUAUUUGUCUGCUCAUUCGGGAAGCUCCAAUGCCUACACCGGCCCGACCUCGACCAACUACUUCUUCGAUGUCGCCGCCAAGCCAGCCAACGACCAGGAUCCUUCAGACAGCAACCCUUCUCCCUUGCGCGAAGCCCUGGACCGAUUCGCUCAGUUUUUCAUCGAGCCGCUCUUCCUCCCCAGCACGCUGGAUAGAGAGCUGAAGGCCGUCGAUUCCGAGAACAAGAAGAACCUCCAGAAUGACACCUGGCGGUUGCAUCAGCUCGAGAAAUCUUUGUCGAAUCCCAAUCAUCCCUUCUGCCACUUUUCGACGGGUAACUUUGAGGUUCUCAAGACCCUCCCUGAGGCCCGUGGUAUCAAUGUGCGAGACAAGUUCAUCGAGUUUCAUGCCAAACACUACUCGGCCAACCGCAUGAAGUUGGUUGUCCUGGGUCGCGAACCGCUUGAUGUUCUCCAGAAAUGGGUCGUGGAGCUUUUCUCUCCCGUCGUCAACAAGAAGCUGCCACCAAACAGAUGGCCCGGCGAGCUUCCCUUCAGAGAGUCCGAUCUCGGCAUGCAAUGCUUUGCAAAGCCCGUCAUGGACUCGCGGGAGCUGAACCUUUACUUCCCCUUUAUUGAUGAGGAGUUCAUGUUUGCCAGCCAGCCCAGCAGGUAUAUCAGCCAUCUCAUUGGACACGAAGGUCCCGGAAGCAUCAUGUCGUACAUCAAGUCCAAGGGCUGGGCAAACGGCCUUAGUGCGGGUGCUUACCCCGUCUGCCCUGGCACUCCCGGCAUCUUUGACGUCCAGGUCCGCUUGACAGAAGAGGGCCUUAAGAACUACCCUGAAAUCGUCAAGAUUUUCUUCCAGUACAUUACCCUCCUUCGCGAGUCUCCGCCCCAGGAAUGGAUCUUCCAGGAGCAAAAGGGAAUGGCGGACGUGGAUUUCAAAUUUAAGCAAAAGACACCAGCCAGCCGUUUCACCAGCCGAAUCAGCUCGGUCAUGCAGAAGCCCCUGCCUCGAGAGUGGCUGCUCAGCGGUCACAGUCGCCUUCGGACGUUCGAGCCUAAGCAAAUCGAGGACGCCCUUGCCACGAUUCGCCCUGACAAUUUCCGAAUGGUUAUCGUAUCUCGCAACUAUCCUGGCAACUGGGACCAGAAAGAAAAGUGGUAUGGAACCGAGUAUCGUUACGAGAAGAUCCCCAAAGAUCUCAUGGAGGAGAUCAGGCAGGCUGCCUCAGUCUCUCCCAACGAGCGCCUAUCAUGCCUUCACUUGCCCCAUAAGAACCAGUUCAUCCCCAACCAGCUUGAGGUUGAAAAGAAGGAGGUCACAGAGCCGGCGCUCAACCCACGGGUGCUGCGCAACGACGGCAUCGCCAGGACAUGGUGGAAGAAGGAUGAUACCUUCUGGGUUCCUCGUGCCAACGUCAUUGUCAGUUUGAAGACACCACUGAUCGACUCAUGUGCCGAGAACGACGUCAAGGCUCGUCUCUUUUCGGAUUUGGUACGCGAUGCGUUGGAAGAGUACUCAUACGAUGCGGAACUCGCUGGCUUGCAGUACAAUGUCAGUCUUGAUUCGCGUGGUUUGUGCUUGAACGUUAGUGGCUACAAUGACAAACUUCCCGUGCUUCUGGAGCAAGUCGUUACGACGAUGCGAGAUCUGGAUAUCAAAGAAGACCGAUUCGAGAUUGUCAGGGAACGCCUGACCAGAGGGUACAACAAUUGGCAGCUUCAGUCGUCCUACCACCAAGUUGGCGAUUAUACCACCUGGCUGAAUGCACCGGAGCGAGACUUUAUAGUGGAAGAGCUUGCUGCGGAGCUUCCAAGCAUCACGGUGGAGGGCGUCCGACUGUUCCAGAAGCAGAUGCUAGGCCGGCUGUUCAUCGAGGUCUAUGUGCAUGGCAACAUGUACAAGGAGGAUGCUCUGAAGAUAACGGACAUGGUGGAAUCUAUCCUGAAGCCUCGAACCCUGCCUCGGGCCCAAUGGCCUGUCCUUCGGUCGCUCAUCCUGCCACGAGGGUCUAACUAUGUCUUCAAGAAGACUCUGAAGGACCCUGCUAAUGUCAACCAUUGCGUCGAGACCUGGUUCUAUGUCGGCAGUAGAGAGGACCGCGUGAUUCGCACCAAGACUCUACUUUUGGACCAGAUGCUGCACGAGCCCGCUUUCGACCAGCUCCGUACCAAGGAGCAGCUGGGCUACAUUGUCUUCAGUGGACCCCGAGUGUUUUCAACAACGUACGGUUUCCGCUUCCUCAUUCAGAGUGAGAUGACUCCCGAAUUUUUGGAUUCCCGAAUCGAGGCUUUCCUUAGGAGAUACGUGGAGACACUAGAGAAGAUGAGCGAGACAGAAUUCGAGGGCCACAAGCGAAGUCUGGUCAUCCGUAGAUUGGAGAAGCUUCGAAACUUGGACCAAGAGUCGUCUCGCCACUGGUCACAAAUCACCAGCGAGUAUUAUGACUUUGAGCUCGCUCAACGAGAUGCUGAGCAAGUCAAGAAGCUGACGAAGCCCGAGAUGGUGGAAUUUUUCAACAAGUAUUUCGACCCUGCCUCAAGCGAGAGGGCCAGAUUAUCGAUCCAUUUGCACGCACAAGGUAAAGCCGAGGGAGUCGACAAGAGACAGGAGGAGGCUCAAAAGAAGGCCGACGAGGAGGCGCCGGCUGGAGAUGUACCAUCCGCCAUCUCGACCGCCGUGGAAAUCACCGAUGUGCGGGUCUUCAAGGCGAACCUACCGGCCAGCUCAGGCGCACGACCGGUGAAGGAUGUGAGCGAGUAUGAAGAUACGGAUGCGAAGCUCUGA